AUGGCAAGCAUGUCAUCUGGUCACUCCAACAUGCUUCUGCAUGCACAAAACAAUGCAGCUUUGAUAUUCAACAUGACAUCGACACUAUUUGAGAGCAAUCCAAAAGGCAAUGAAAACAGAAUGGCAAACAACCCUGAAUUGGUACGCCUUCUUGGUUUCAAACCCAAUGUUAGAUCAGUGAAAGAACACUAUCCAUCAAGUCCUCCCAUACUCUUCACAAACAAGAACAUCAAUGCCAUCGAUGGUUUCUUAAAAAAUAGGAUUCUAAUCUCUAUGGCCUGUCUCCUGGCGAACGGUUCGAGAGCUUUAAACUGCUAG